GUUGCACUUAUUUCUUCACAAUAUUUAAUAUUCUCAUUCCAUUUUUACCCUUUUUUUUCCGUCUUGAACCGUCUACCUUCCACCCUACCCAAUCCAUCUCUUCUCAUCUCUAUUUUUUCCCCUUUCAUUCUGUAUUAACAUCAUGGAGCGCCUUCCAUAUCCUAGAAGGUUAUCAGAGGAUGAAGCUGAAAAAUUCUGCAAAUCGGACUGUAACUCUAUAAAAUCUUCUUGUUAUGAGGUAUGUAUGAAAUCUUUUUCCCCACCACAAACUCCUCCGCCUAUCUCUUCACCAUCUCCUCAUUCAAACAAACCUCACAAGUUGUUGAUUAUCAUACUACCAGUUUUGGCCGUUACUUUUGUUGCUCUUUGCUGUUAUAUUCUCUACUUCAAGUUCUAUUUAAAUCGGCGUGCUUCCCGGAGAGCAUCGUCACAGCCGCCACAAACAGAUGAUGAUGAAACUCACGAUGAUUUUCUUGAUGAAGAUCAUCGCCCCGUGGUCGACCACCAUAUCUGGUACAUCAACACCGUCGGUCUGCAGCCGUCGAUUAUUAGUUCCAUCACGGUUUGCAAGUAUAAGAAAGGCGAUGGUCUUGUUGAAGGAAGUGAGUGCUCCGUUUGUUUAAACGAGUUUCAAGAGGAUGAAACUCUCAGACUUUUGCCUAAAUGUAAUCACGCUUUUCAUCUCCCUUGUAUUGAUACUUGGCUUCAUUCUCACACCAAUUGCCCUAUGUGUCGAGCUCCAAUUGUUACGUCCAGUGAAGCAUCUUCUUCGUCAUCGACAUCGGAGUCGAAUACUGAUAAUUCAACGACUAACAGAGAUACCCAGGCUGAAAUUUUGCGAGAUGAUAGAGAAACCGAGAGGGAAUUGGAGGAAGCAGCUUUUGAAAGAAGGAUUGGAAUUGAACCGAUUAGAAGAUCGGUUUCUUUGGAUUCUGUAUCGGCUUUUAAGAUAAGUCAAGGUGUUGCUAAUUUUGGCAUUCAAGAAGAACGUAGAGAAAGUUCAAGAAUAAGAAUUGUUCCAAGAAGAGUAAGCAGGACUGAAAGCUUGAGGAGAUUUGUGAGAAGUUCUUCAAUUUCAAGAACUUUGCAACUUGGUCCAGUUUCAUUCAAAAGAUCAUCUUCUUGCAAUGGGAAAUUAUUGUUACCAAGGAGCAUUUGAAGCCGCCACUCCAAAUGUUUCAGGUCAGAUAUCCGAACACUUUAGAUUCCACAUGAAUCGGGGGGCUGAGGCUUUUUCUUUAUUUUUUGUGUUCAAGAUCAAGAAACAAAUAGAACUUCACCAGUAAAGAAUUAUUUGUAAGUAAAAAUUCUCUUCUUAUAUUUCACAGUUUUGUUUGAUGAAA